UCAAAACGAAUAUAUUUCAUAAAGAAAAUGUUACAAUUUGCAACCUAUUUCUAGUUGCAGAGUAAUAAGAAUAAAACUCACUAGAUAUAGUUACUAAUAAAACGAAUGCUAAGUAUUGUCAACUUAAACAAAAUUUAAUUAAAAAGCUAAUCGCGACCAUAAUGUUGUCUCUACCAGCAUGUGCACAACUACAUAAGAGGAAAAGAGAAAGGUAUACAUUAACACCUUCUAUAUGAAGAAAUGGUAAAAGAUCACCUGUGCUCACUACCGUAAUUCUACCGAGCGGUAGAGCACCUGUCCCUUUCAUACGGUUCAUGCUUAAGCUGAACCGAACGAGUGCGAGUAGGAGUAGUUUCAUUUAUGUUUCGUGAAAAAAGGUCUUAUGCGCGACGCCAGCUUUGAAAUAAUUUAGUUACUGGCGCAAUGUUCAUAAGGGACAUUUUAUUUUUGUACAAUAAUGUUUUAAUUUUAAAAUCUAAGAACGGGACGGAAGGUUGCGUUGCAAUCGAGCGCUGUUGUAAUUUUGACGCGUUCGAAAAUCGAAUUAAAAGCGUUAGAGUGAGAGGUGCGCGGAGGUUCGCUCAGUGGAGGUAGUUUUUUGUUAUUGUUUGGCGGCGGAGAUUUUUUCUGAGGCGUGCAAAUGGGAGUAGGCGCGCGAGUGGGCGCGCCGGCACGACAAGCGCGCUCUUCAGUGUUCUGGCUGAGCUUCAAGCGAGCGCGUGCGAGCCGGGUCGCUCGUCCUAUAGGUGCUUCAUACCUUAUCACAAACGGAGUUCAUAGAACCAAUUGAACUGUUGAAUAACGUGGACUUUUUGAAGUGAACUAUUUGGUUGGUGCCGCAUGCUAGCGUUGCAGAAAGCUCGUGAUCUGAAGGUGGCUCGACCAUGUUGAUAUCGGCGGGCAGUGGCCCCACGCCCGAGUUCUCCCCCGUCUCGUGCUGCGCCCCCUGGAAGAUGGAGCCGGCGCCACCAGCCCCCGCUGCCAUCACACAGCCGCUCAACAUAUCACCCAAUGUACCUGUAUCACCGUCGUCGUCGGGCGGCGGCGCGGGCGGCGGUUCCGGCACCCCGCUGUACCCGGGCGCCGCCUCGCACCCCCUGUCCUCACUCCUGUCGCAGCAGAGGCUACUGGAGCUGUCCCGCUUCGGGCUCCGCCACUACGACAUCGCUCACCACGUGCUCUCACAGCAAGGUGCUGUAACCAAGUUGCUUGGUACGCUUCGGCCGCCUGGUUUGAUCGGCGGUAGCAAGCCGAAGGUGGCAACACCAGCGGUGGUCUCCAAGAUAGAGCAGUACAAACGAGAGAACCCCACAAUCUUCGCCUGGGAGAUACGUGAACGACUAAUAUCUGAGGGUGUUUGUACGAAUGCAACAGCCCCCAGCGUGUCGUCCAUCAACAGGAUACUCCGGAACAGGGCCGCAGAGCGUGCAGCGGCAGAAUUUGCUAGAGCGGCGGGCUACGGCCUGUAUGCUGCUCCUCCACCGUACGGGGCCUUCCCCUGGGCUGGAGGCGCUGGCGUCUGGCCUCCAGGCGGCCUGCCCCUACCACCUGGCGUACCCGGCCCUCCCACCGGGGUACCUCAUCCUGAUAUGAACCAAGGGUUCCUCGGUUCGGGACGUGGACUAAUCGACGUAGACGGCGAUGAUUCCGGCUCUUUAGACGGAGAACAACCAAAGUUCAGACGAAACCGCACGACUUUCAGUCAAGACCAGCUUGAAGAGUUAGAGAAGGAAUUCGAAAAAUCUCACUACCCCUGCGUCUCCACUAGAGAAAGGCUGGCGUCAAAAACUUCCUUAUCGGAAGCACGAGUUCAGGUUUGGUUUUCCAACAGACGAGCCAAGUGGAGACGCCACCAGCGCAUGAACCUCCUGAAGCGCGGUGGCGGCUCGCCCCCGCACCGCCUCCCCCACUCCCCCUCCCGCUCCCGCUCGCGCUCCUUGUCUCCCGCGCGCGCCCCCUUCCACACCCCGCAGAUGGGCGGCGAAAAUAGUGCCUUCAAAGCUCUUUCACAUCAGGACACAAACGCCCUGAAGGCUUUCGCGCACCAACAGUUCGAUGCUAACGCACUGAAAGCUCUGUCUCAGCAGACGAAUUUCGAUGCAAGCGCUUUUAAGCCACAUCCGGCAUUAGAGAACAGCGCCUUCAAGUCACUCGUCCCGCACUCAGCCGCUGCGGCGCUUCUGGCUGCUCAGUCUAUUCAGCUAGCUCGUGGCUAUGAGUCUCACUCGGACUCGGACGAGGAGAUCAACGUGCACGACGAGAGCGACAACGAGGAGAAGACCACUCGGAAGUCUCGAUCGCCGAGCCCGUGCCGACAGCGGGCCACGAACAACGAUCUGCCGCUACAGCUCACUAAACAUGAUCGUUGAUAAACAGUCAUAAUUUAUUUAUUUACCUACAUAAAGUAUUACAAUUAUCAUUCCUAUCGAAUGUCCAUGUUCCGAAUAAUUAUGUAAAUUAAGAUUCUAGAGUGCUAAUACUCCAGUUAGUUUGUAAAUUAAUGUAAAUACCUAUGUAGAUAUUCGAUUUGUUAAUUAGUGUAAAUAAGAUGAGAAUGAUUAAUUUUAACGAUGCACAAAUUAUCCCGUUUAAAUGGUACCUAAAUAAGAGAAUAGUUGGUGAGUUGUUAAAUGUUUUGUUCUGGGGUGCACCCGGCAGUCUGCUGGGUAACCUGUCCGAGGUCAUGGUAAAGGUACUAAUGGUAAUUUGUAGUUGUAGCCUUUCAAUGGUUGAAGUUGCUCAGUGGACCCUAGCGCAAUAUGUGUAAGCAAUGUAUGGACACGGAUACUAACUGGUUUGUAUUGAGUUGUGAUACUUCGAAGGAGUAAACCAAAGUAUUAUCAAUUGUAAACACUAUGAUAUCAGGAGACAAAAAAAGUUCCUAACGCUCUUCAUAUCUAACGAAUAAAACAAAUUUAGAUGUAUUUACACCAAUUUAGAUUAUUACAAACAUGAAAGUAUUGUUAUUUAGACAAGGAGUUAGGUCACUAAAAUGUAUAAUUUCGGCACUAUUUUAUAGAAUUCGUUAACGGGCACUUUGCAUUCUAACGUUGUGUCGGCCCUAGUUGCCCUUAAGUAGUUAUUUUUGUAAAUAUUGUUAAAACAUGAGCGUUGUAUACUAUUUAUUGAUUAGAAGAAUAAUUAUUGUAAAAUAUAGGAAACAGUUUACAUGCGUACCUAAAAAUUACAAAAAUACGAAAAUAAAUGAUUAAAUACUUCGCAAGAUCUUUUAUUUACCAUGAUCAAUGGAAUCAGAAUCCGUGUUAUUUUUUGAAUUGUACCCGAGAGAUCGUGGAAGGAGACUGCCACUGGAGGAUACAAAAGGGUAGGCUCUUAAAAAACCCACUAGAGUUAGCUUUUUAUAGGAAUCAGUAAGUAUACUUCUAAGAACGCCGUAUAUUGUAUGAUGAAGAAGAAUAGAGAAGGAAGAGAAACAUGCUUUUAAAUGACGACUUCAAUUAUUUGAUUUGAUUAGCUGCCUAAAAAAGGCGAUCAUUUCCAUAUUUUUUUAAUAUAGUGUCUGUCUCUUGCUUGUGACACUGGUUAGUGCUAAAUCUGGCUUCCUUCAGUAUGUGACCUGUAUAACUCUUCAUUACAUUUUUUUUUAACUGUACCAUGUUUUAUUUCUA